AAGGAGCUUUAGCUUGCCUUCUAGUAACGAGGGGGCUGGCGCCCUGCCUCGCCUCGGCGGGGGCGAGGUGCUGUCGCCCUCUAUUUGCCCCGGCCAAGAGGGAAUUUAAAUUUUCUUUUGUAAAAUGACAGCUGCAGUGAAUGACCUGAGACAGCUACGUUUUUAGGAAAGUAGGAGAGGAUCUGAGGUUUCCAUUAAUGGGAAUGCUUAGGGGGUUCGUUCCCAAAGGUUUUUUAUUAGGUGAACUAUUUUUCCUUUUUAUACUACCCGCCAUGAAGGCUGGCUCUCUUGCUACUUGUAGCUCAAGGCUAAUACCUUUGCAAAGCUAAUGAACUAGUUUUAAGAUAGAGGGAAAUUAUUUCCCUGAAAGCUGAUUUAGGUAGUGACUCCCCAGUGGUUACAGGUUUUAUAGUAAGUUGCAUUUUGAUCAAAUCACAACUGAUCAAGAUUUAAUCACUUACAGGUGGAGAAAGGAAGCAUUCAAUAUGUCCAUACUUACAUUGACUCAACACUUUUGAUGUAAUAAUUUGUUGUCGGUGGGUAACAUAUGUGGGGGGAGUUAAAUGGGAUGUUUUGUGAGUAACACUCUUAGCAAGUACAUGCAACCCAGAAUUUUUAUUGUCCUUUUCUCCCAAAGAUCUUAGUCUCAUUUACUUACGGUCACUUUUUUUUUUUUUUUCCUGGAGACGGAGUCUCUCGCUCUGUCACACAGGCUGGAGUGCAGUGGCAUGAUCUUAGCUCACUGCAACCUCCGCUUCCCGGGUUCAAGCGAUUCUCCUGCCCCAGCCCCCUGAGUAGCGGGGACUACAGGCGCGUGCCACCACGGCUGGCUAAUUUUUUUUGGUGUUUUUAGUAGAGACGGGGUUUCACCGUAUUAGUCAGGCUGGUCUCCACUCCUGACCACGUGAUCCGCCCGCCUCGGCCUCCCAAAGUGCUGGGAUUACUGGCGUGAGCCACCACGCCCAGCCUACUUACGGUCACUUGGUGAGUUUGCUUGGAGUUUCCAGUUUCUUAGAAGGUAUCAGCAAUCUUAAAUUAGGAAAGUAAUUUAAUUCCUGAGACAGGUAAGUUGUUUCCUUAAAAGUCUUAAAGUUAAAUCUGUUUUCUCCAUUUUCAAGUCCUUGCAGCACUUUAUAUGACCAUGUAUUUACAAUCUGGACAUUACUAUGUUUGUUCUUUUUAUCUUUGUGGAAUGUAAUAUCUCAGAAAGUUGAGAUUUAAUUGAGUCUAUUGUCCUUUGCCUAGUGUAUUUCUCAUAUGAAAACUUUGGUUUGUGAUCAUGAGGGUGUAUGCAUUAUUUUGGUCUUUUCUUUUUUUGCAGUUCGUAGCCCUGAUGAAGCAAGUUACUCUGCUCUCCUAAUAAAUGCAAGAAAAUGACCUUGGAGGGCCUUUUUAAUUACACAUAGAAGUGACAAUUUGCUGCCUGCUGUUUCCCAGGGAGAUCAUGAAACGAGGUCGCCUUCCCAGCAGCAGUGAGGAUUCUGACGACAAUGGCAGCCUGUCAACUACUUGGUCCCAGAAUUCCCGAUCCCAGCACAGGAGAAGUUCCUGUUCCAGACAUGAAGAUCGAAAGCCUUCGGAGGUGUUUAGGACAGACCUGAUCACUGCCAUGAAGUUGCAUGACUCCUACCAGCUGAACCCGGAUGAGUACUAUGUAUUGGCAGAUCCAUGGAGACAGGAAUGGGAGAAAGGGGUCCAGGUGCCUGUGAGCCCAGGGACCAUCCCUCAGCCUGUGGCCAGGGUUGUGUCUGAAGAGAAAUCCCUCAUGUUCAUCAGGCCCAAGAAGUACAUCGUGUCAUCAGGCUCUGAGCCUCCUGAGUUGGGCUAUGUGGACAUCCGGACGCUGGCUGACAGUGUGUGUCGCUAUGACCUCAAUGACAUGGAUGCUGCAUGGCUGGAACUGACCAAUGAAGAAUUUAAGGAGAUGGGAAUGCCUGAACUAGAUGAAUACACCAUGGAGAGGGUCCUAGAGGAAUUUGAGCAGCGAUGCUACGACAAUAUGAAUCACGCCAUAGAGACUGAGGAAGGCCUGGGGAUCGAAUAUGAUGAAGAUGUUGUCUGUGAUGUCUGCCAGUCUCCUGAUGGUGAGGACGGCAAUGAGAUGGUGUUCUGUGACAAAUGCAACAUCUGUGUGCACCAGGCCUGUUACGGAAUCCUCAAGGUACCAGAGGGCAGCUGGCUGUGCCGGACAUGUGCCCUGGGGGUUCAGCCAAAAUGUCUGCUGUGUCCGAAGAAGGGUGGAGCUAUGAAGCCCACCCGUAGCGGAACCAAGUGGGUCCACGUUAGCUGUGCUCUGUGGAUCCCUGAGGUGAGCAUUGGCAGCCCGGAGAAGAUGGAGCCCAUCACCAAGGUGUCACACAUUCCCAGCAGCCGGUGGGCACUAGUGUGCAGCCUCUGCAAUGAGAAGUUUGGGGCCUCUAUACAGUGCUCUGUGAAGAACUGCCGCACAGCCUUCCAUGUGACCUGUGCUUUUGACCGGGGCCUGGAGAUGAAGACCAUCUUAGCAGAGAAUGAUGAAGUCAAGUUCAAGUCCUAUUGCCCAAAGCACAGCUCACACAGGAAACCCGAGGAGAGUCUUGGCAAGGGGGCUGCACAGGAGAAUGGGGCCCCUGAGUGUUCCCCCCGGAAUCCACUGGAGCCCUUUGCCAGCCUUGAGCAGAACCGGGAGGAGGCCCACCGGGUGAGUGUCCGUAAGCAGAAGCUGCAGCAGCUGGAGGAUGAGUUCUACACCUUCGUCAACCUGCUGGAUGUUGCCAGGGCUCUGCGGCUGCCUGAGGAAGUAGUGGAUUUCCUGUACCAGUACUGGAAGUUGAAGAGGAAGGUCAACUUCAACAAGCCCCUGAUCACCCCAAAGAAAGAUGAAGAGGACAAUCUAGCCAAGCGGGAGCAGGAUGUCUUGUUUAGGAGGCUGCAGCUGUUCACGCACCUGCGGCAGGACCUGGAGAGGGUUCGGAACCUCACUUACAUGGUGACCCGCAGGGAAAAGAUUAAACGGUCUGUGUGCAAAGUCCAGGAACAGAUAUUCAAUCUUUACACUAAGCUUUUGGAGCAAGAAAGAGUUUCAGGUGUGCCUUCUUCCUGCUCCUCCUCCUCACUGGAAAACAUGCUUUUGUUUAACAGUCCUUCUGUUGGCCCUGAUGCUCCCAAGAUAGAGGACUUGAAGUGGCAUUCUGCGUUCUUCAGAAAACAAAUGGGUACUUCCUUGGUUCAUUCGCUGAAAAAGCCCCAUAAGCGAGAUCCUUUGCAGAAUAGCACUGGAAGUGAAGGCAAAACCCUGCUGAAGCAGCCAGACCUGUGUGGUAGAAGGGAGGGGAUGGUGGUCCCAGAAAGCUUUUUGGGUUUGGAAAAGACCUUUGCAGAAGCACGUCUCAUAUCAGCACAACAGAAAAAUGGUGUGGUGAUGCCAGACCACGGGAAAAGAAGAGACAAUCGUUUUCAUUGUGAUCUCAUUAAAGGAGACUUAAAGGACAAAUCUUUUAAACAGAGUCACAAGCCUCUCAGGUCCACAGAUGUGUCCCAGAGGCAUCUGGACAACACAAGAGCUACCACGUCCCCUGGAGUGGGGCAGUCAGCACCUGGCACAAGGAAGGAGAUAGUGCCCAAGUGCAAUGGCUCCCUAAUCAAAGUAAACUAUAACCAGACUGCAGUCAAAGUGCCUACAACACCUGCCAGCCCAGUGAAAAACUGGGGAGGAUUCCGGAUUCCAAAGAAGGGGGAACGGCAGCAGCAGGGAGAGGCCCAUGACGGGGCCUGCCACCAGCACUCAGACUACCCAUAUUUGGGCUUAGGCCGAGUUCCAGCCAAGGAAAGGGCAAAAAACAAAUUAAAAUCCGACAAUGAGAAUGACGGGUAUGUCCCUGAUGUGGAAAUGAGUGACUCAGAGAGUGAGGCAUCAGAAAAGAAAUGUAUACACACCAGCAGCACUAUCAGCAGGAGGACAGACAUUAUCAGGAGAAGCAUCUUGGCUUCUUGAUGCAACAGAGAUGACGCGGAAGCCCUUUGGGCUCGUCAUUGGGUGUACUAGAGGAGAGCUCUGAUGUGGGGGAGAAGCAGAAACCCAUUAAUCCUGAGCUACACAAACACAUUUACUUGCAAUUCAGAUUAAUUUUUUUCCAGAGUCAUUUUUAAAUCAUUUUUGUGAGAAGUUUGUGUUAUUUGCAACUUGUUGAGGAAACAGAAGAGUAGACUGUAACCAUAAGACACUGCUAAGACUAGAACCCGAACUAAACACUAAAAUAAGAAUGAAAUAAGUUUUAAAGAAGGCAAGGCUUAAAUAAGCCUCAUGAAUUUUUAUAGCCCUCUGCGUUCUUCCCAAAGCACAAACUCGUGGUUACCUGAAUAUAGGGAACCAGAUAAGGUUCUUGAGAAACCCUCAUGGUACCAUUCACAGCCCAUAAAGUUUAUUUUCUAGGACUGUGGUAGAUCUUGAAAUCAUAUUUAUAUUUGGCCCUCAAGGCUAUUUUUGUUGCAUUAUAGUAUACAGGCAGCAGCUCUGAAGCUUCAGUAACACUAAGAAAUUUAUGUGUAAAUAUAGCAGUCAGGGAAGAGAAUUUUAAAAAAGGUCAUUAUUGAAGGAGCUGAGGGGACAGGGUAGAGCUGCUGCAAUGUGGAGAUUUAGGGUAAUAUAGCAAGGUCCUGCUGCUUGAAGCCUGUGAGUGGGUUGUGGAUAUGGGACUGGUGGAGAGUGACAUUGUUAGGAAAGUUGUGUCUAUGAAUAAGGGCAGUUGAAGUACAAUUUUUACUAGUCCACUUGACCUUCUUCUUCCCUAACCACUGGCUCUUGAGCCAGCUUGGGAUUUCCCUGGCCAUUGCCAAUACCUGGCCGUGUGGCUUCCAAUAGUACAAUGGCUACUCAAGUUCAAGCGAAGAACUUCCAGACUCUGGUGACUGUUACUUCCCAGAGCCAACCACUAGUGCAUAUGUCAUGGAAUCCGGGCUUCCAACAUGAACGGAUUCCUUAAGAAAAAGGAAAAAAAAAAAAAAAAAAAAGAAAAAAAAAAAAAGAGAAAAAAGUGAAAUAGGUUAUAUUUUAAAAACAAUAGAAAGGCAAUAAGUUGCGACAAGCUCUUACUAUUGACCAAGGUUAUACAGGAAAGAGACUGAAGUGUACCCUUGAAUAGGUUUUCUGUAGUCAGAGUUCUAAACUCUAAUUUGUAACUUGGACUUUCUAAUUGCAAAUGGCAAUAACUAUUAAGUUAUCAGCAAUAAUAAAUUUAGCAUUAAAUUUGAGUACAAUGUUUUGUUUUUGCACUCACUGUAGUGCAUAUGUAUUAAGACAGUGGAUAGUGUUUAGGUCCUGUUAAUUUUCUUUAGAAUUCAAUGUGGUUGUGAAUCAAACUUAAGGAAGGAACGUUUAAAUAGCAAUGAGAUACAGAAUUAUGGGCCUUUGGAACAAGCCCGACUUCCCCUAAAUUCUCCUUAGUUUGUUAAUACCAGUAUUCAGAUUCCUGAUUCAUUUAUACAUCUGUUUCCAUAUGGCAGGGACAUUAUGAUACUUAAUGAAUAAUGCUUUGAGUUCUGCAGUUAACUUUCAAGUCUUCCAGAUGAUUGUCAACAACAAAAAAAGGCUUAUUGAAUCCCAUCUUGCUAUGCAAGUUUUAUCAGAUGAUCAAAUAGUAGAUCUGAUGCAUCCCCAUUGUAUGUAUGACAUUUUCAAACCAAGUCUUAACUUUUCAAGGACAUUUUAGUAGCUAAUUCAGGGGAAGGGGAAGAAUGAUGCAGGUUUUUAGACUGACUGACUAUUUUUGAGCUAUGGGGCUCAUUUUGAAAGACUGCUGUCCAGAUCAGCUUGUUGCUAGAUAAUAGAAGGUUCUUAUGAAUCCAAGUUGUAUAUUCACUUGUAGCAUAAUUUAAAAAUUAGAUUUUUUUUGCAUAUGAGCAAAAACCUUUUGCUGGAUACAGGAGAAGGUUGGACUUUAUCUACAGUUAUCUUUUGACUACAGCAACAGCUCUGGGUGAGAGUAGAAUUUAUAGAGGGAUAAUUUGUCAAGCCAUAGAAAGAAAAUCUAAAUUAAUCUAGUAAGCGUAUGACCUCCCACCAUUUUAAGAGGUAUCAGAUUCAUUUGCACUAUUAGGAAUGCUAGUUUUGUGCAAAAAUAAUGCCUUACCUGUUUUUUCCCCACAUUUAGGUUGAAAAGCUUUCAAAUGUUCCAAGUUAUGCUGAACCAAAAAACAAAACAAAAACAAAACAAAAAAUAUUUAAAAAAAACCCACACAAAAACAAAACACACAAAAAUAAAAAGCCCACACUUUUUAUUCCUGCUUCGAAAUGCAAAUGGAUAGAGCACGGUUUCUCUGACAGUAUAAUGAUGAUAGCUUUGUGAGUUAGUUUCAUGUCAUGCUGGGAACUCUGUAUGAGGUGGCCAUAAGCAGCAACCAGCCCAAACACCCACUUGCGUUCUGUUAGUAUGGAACCAUUUGCAUUUGUUCUUUUUAAGCUUUAUCUUUCCUUGUGCAUCCUGACCAAGAAAUAUCUUUGAUUAUGAUUAAUGUAUUAUGUCAAAAUGUAGGCUAGUUAAACUUUUGUAAAGUUGCCUGGAAUGUCAUUUGUUAGGUUAUAAACACGAGAUCUAAAUGAAGGGUUUUAUGUGUUGUGUACAAAUCUUAAUUAUUUUGAAAUGGACAAACUUGUCAUUACAUUUGUAACCUUGUACAGAGGAUUUUUCACUAUGUGCCUAGCUUGGUGUCCAUUCAGCUAAAAUUGAAAAAAAAAAGGUGCAUGAAGAGUUAAAAAUCAAAUUAAAGUAUAUGUAGAGAUGACUAUUUUAUAUUACAUGACCCAAUCCUGUAUUUAUUUCUACCCCCUUUUUGAAAGUAUUUAUAAAACUAGUUGAGGACAGCUGUAUUUUUUUGUUGAACUAUUUAGUAGAAUUGUGCCUUUUUGUCUGUAUGUGAAUAAAUGCUGUACAUUUUGCAAUACA